UCGGCAGAAGGGGUGUUUUCGGAAGAGUGCAGACUCGAGCGAAGGAGAGAAAUAGCAUGUAAAUCACACCAUUGACUGGACAUAUGGUAUUUACUUACUGCAGUAUCUGCGCGGGACUGAGAUGAAACAGGCCUGAACGAUAAAGUUUCCUCCUGUUGGAGCUUUGUGGGUGGUUAUGAUGGAGAAGUGUUUGUGGUGUACCACAUCCCUUGAGGCAGAGGGUGAUGCAGCCAUGGUCGCCUUGUUUCAUCGCUACAGCUCGGGGCAGCUGUUUGAAAGAGAGAUGGACUCUCUGAAUGAAGACCUGAAGUGCUGUCUGGAGUGUGUUGUGGAGUAUCACAGAGCCAGAGUCAAGGUCCCAGAACUGCACAAGCGUCUGUGGGAAAUGGAGAAGGCUCGACUCGUACAUGUAUUGAGAUCCAUGUUGGAUCAGGAGCUGGAGGAAGAGGAGGAUGAUCUCUUCAUCAUUGAAGAUGAUCUUGAACAACCAGUGUCAAAGAUCUCUCCUAUAGAAUUCCAAAUCAGACUGCGCUUCCCGCUGUUUGAAGUUCUGAAAUAUCCGUACCUACUCUGCUACCGUGAGCUGGGUGAUCUGGUGGUUAAGGCCUUGUGUACAUUGCAGGAUAUGAAUCAGUCUUUGAAUGUGUUUGAGAAGUAUCAAGGAACAUAUCUGCUUCUAGUUCAUCCCAAUGAAAAGGUGCGUCGUUGGGCAAUUGAUGCAGCGAAAACCAUGAGGAGUGUGGACCGGGAUGCCUACUAUGACCUCCAAGAAAUCUUCUCUUGCAUGUUUUAUGUGAUCGAGCUGGGAAUUUCUCUGGAUUUUCCAGAUUUGGAUCAAGAGUCUUACGCAGGGGGCACUGUACCAAGGCUUCCCUCUCACCUCUAUGACUCGCACAAUAAGAAGAAUUACUGGCUAGGCAUCUGUAUGUUACUAACGCAGCUAAGUGCUGAAGCAAUGGACUCUUUGUUCAUGGGACAGUUCAAUAUUCCACUCUGCAUAAUCAACACAAUGGAAGGGUUGAAAAAUGAGGAUGACCCAGCUUCUGACCCAUUCUGGCCAGCUCUCCACUGUUUUAUGGUGAUUCUGGACCGGCUCGGUUCUAAGGUCUGGGGUCAGAUAGAUCCUAACAUGGCUUUCCAGACCAUCACUGGAGCAGCCAGCUAUGUUGCAGAAAUUAGAAACAUCCAGCAAAAAACCAUGGGGAGGAUGGUUAAAAUAGAGCCAGAGAUUGAUGACAAUGUGGUGACUUGCAGUCAGAUGGUGUAUGACUGUUAUGGCUCCAAAAAGACAAGCCAAGGGUCUGGCUCAUCGUCCAGCAGUGGUAUUUGCAACUAUGUGAUCUAUGAGGACAUGCAAUCCCUGGUCAAUGUGCUUGAUUCUGAGAUGGGUCAGAGCAUGCGUGUAUACGGCAGCACUUUCCUGUGGUUCAUUCCAUUUGUCCGUUCCAUAAUGGAACUUCCGGAGCUGAACGCCUCCUAUAUUAGUGAGGUCAUCCACUACCUUUGUGAUAAGAUACGAGAUAAUCGAAACAUGCUAACUGGACGGACAAAUUUAUAUGACAAAGUGACCGAGUUUUUCACCCGCAUCCUUAUUCAAAUCAUUGAGUUGCAUGCUAGUAAAGGACGUAUGGGAAUACUCUCUCGGUGUGCCCCCAAGUGGGUGGAAGUGAUUGUCAUGUGUACGGUUCUGUCAGAUGAACCAUGGAAUGCUGUACCUCCAGACAGGAUGGGUGGAAUUCACAAAGUCAGUUCAACUUCAAACUCUCUAGGAGUGGUAGGGCAACUACCUGCAUCUGGAGGUGGCACUGGUGCCAUAAUUCUAGGUUGCAUGAUGCUGAUUCGACAACUGCUGAAAGAAAGGAUUCGGACCGGAUCUGACCCACAUUCUACCCAUUUUCUGAAUUUGCUUAACAAGCAGCUGCGUGGAGUUCCAAACAAACGAUGGAGUCUAACAUCUUCUGAAUCUUCUGAGCUUCAGCAAUGUUUAGUAAGAGUGGUCCGGUCAUUCCCAGAACGAUCUGGUUCUCCUGCUAUAGUUCUUGCCCCAACCACAAAUUUAAUACAUCCAAAUGCUGUUUUUGCCAAAAAUUCAAUUUCAUCCCCACAUCUGAAACAUGGAGACCAGGUGGCAGGUUCAAGCAGAGCAGGAGAUGGGUCUGCUUUGAUCAAAGAGGAGCCACUUUGGGAUUAUGAAAAUUGCAUUUCGGAUGAGGAUUUGAGUGGUUUUCAGGACAUCGUAAAAGCUAAAAAGGAACAUACUGACCCAGUGCUGAUUUCAGAAAUGAGACCUGAUGUUAAGUUUGCGCAUAUUAAAUCCGAUUUGGGGAACUUGUCUAGAAGUUCUUGUCCUUUAAAUUUGCAACCUGUCACCACCUCUGAGGAAUGUAAUAUUAGAGCUGAGGAUGAUGAUGAUUAUGAUGACGAGCCUCUUGAUAUCAGACGGAACCGCUUGAUGAAAUCCCACAAGCUUGAAUCUAGUGAUUCUGAAGUGGAUGGUAUUGAUGUACAAUUGCAUACCAGGUCCACAGGAACCUCAAUGGAGAACCUUGAAUCCAGUACCAUCAUUAUCUCUGAUGACAAAGUUUCUGAAAAUGAUGAAAGACCAUCAAAGGAGAUCCUGAGUUCUUGUAAUAAAAUAUGUCCAGUGAAGAAUGGAUCUCUAGAAGAUCCAGACUCUCCUGAGAGUCUUGUGCGAGACUACGAUGAUCUCAGUGAGUCACAAGUAUUUGAGUUUGAGACCCAGCAAUAUGUGGCAUCUGCCUGGGGUGAUUUGGAUGUUGAUGCAUCAGUCUUGACGAACGAGCUCAAAUUAGACCAAACACUUAAACAACGGCUGGAGCCUGCUCCUAAUGACUCCUCUCCCUCGUGGAGUACAGGGACCCAACUAAUUCCAGAUGAGAACAUCGAGAGGGCCUGUCCGCAAGCAGAGGAUAAGAUCAGACAACAGCAGCAACCACAAGAGCCAGCUGUUUCAUGUGCGCUGUCAUCAUCCAAAACAGCCUGUACUGCAGAAAACUUUGAUAAAUUCAUUAAACCAAAGCCUCCACCAGAUACAAGCCAGAAACGAAAUCCAUCUGAUAAGAGAGACAUUUUGCAGUUUAAAAAGCCAUUAAUAAUUGAGGCUCUUGCUCAAGAAAUCAGGCACAACCCCCGGAAAUGCAGCUCUUUAUCUCGGGAUAAGGGUCCUCCAACUACUACUACAUCUACUGUGCCAUCUCACUCUCCGUCCUCCAGCUCAGUUUCUUCACCUUAUUUUUCUGCCUCCAUGUCACGUGGCGUACCUGCCAUUGUUCCACCAAAGAAGGUUCGUGAAGCUGUAGAGCCAAAGUCAACAGCGGAGCGUUUGGGAUUGAAAAAGAAGGAAAGAAGAGCUUUUGAUCUUUCUCAGCGUUCCCUGGAUUGUGUUGCUAAACUGCGGUGCCAUGGCCAGAAAGUGCAAGUGGAGCCAAAACAGAAGAGGAGACGAGUGUCUCAUACCACUAAGACCUCUCCACAGAAAUGUAUGGGAAAGGGCAACAAGAAACUUUUGGCAUCUCAAGACAUGCAGUUUUUCAGGCAAAGUCGUGAGAAGCAUCAGAGGCCAACAACUAUAUCCCCCACAACACUGGCUCCCCAACAGACAAAGAGCACCCAACCAGGUGAAAUACACCUGUCAAAACCUACAGUUGCAGCCGAAGAGGAUUGUAAUUUCUUUCCUUGUCCUCCGCCAGAUCCUGACCAUCAGCAAGAUACUGAAAAGGCUGCAGCCAGAAUAAAAAACAACAACACUAGUGAAACCAUUGAGGCUAGAGGGGAUGGGGUUGGAAAUGGUAGGAUAGAGUCCAAAUACUUUCAAAACGGUGAGCUUACUGAUGUCGCUGUCAACACAGAAGGGGGAAAAGAUGCAAAAGAGGAGGUUGAUGAUGAAUGGAUGUUCCUCACUCAGAUGGAACCCACAGAUAUGGAACUAUGCUCCCAAAUGGAACAGUUUGAUGAAGAAAAUGGUGAAGGACUGUUUCUUACCCAGAGAGAUCCUGUUGACAUGGACCUUGAUCCAGUUAGUGAGUCAGAUACCCCAGGGCAGUCAGUAUCAGUAGCACAUAAACCUCUUCCUCUGCAGACUCCUCACACCCCACUUUCAGAUGUCAUACAUAAUGAUGAUUUGUUCCUGAAGCCUGGUAUGUCACCCAUGUCCCAGAAAAAGGCCAAACCUUCCACUACAAAAAUAUACAGUCCCAGCUCCCGCAGUGCGUCACUUGUCCUAGAAAUGGAGAAAGGGGCCAAGCCUCCUCCUGCACCAAAUGUUGUUAAAGCUAAGGUUUUCCGUUUGCCUUCAGCAAUUGUACCCACCAAAACAAUUCCUACUUUGCCUUCUCCACAAUUGCCACAGCCAUUCCCUUCUAAACAAAUUCCCUGCCCUCUGAGCCAUGCCCCUAAGUCAGUCAUUAGUUUUGAAAUGAGCUCUACAUCUGCACCACCAUCUUACAAAAUAUAUCAAAGACCUGAAGCUCUAGCUCACAAACCGGUGCCCACGAGAGAUCAAAGCCCGGUGUUUGACCUUUCAGUCUUGACCCAAGCAAUACUUAAGUGGGAAUAUUGGAUGCUUAAGAACUACACAACAUUUGGGUGUCCAGUUGACCUGUGCUCACUGCCACUGAAGGAAGUCCCAUUGAAAUUCCCUAGCUACCUAGAGUACUUUAACACCUUGUACCCUCUGCUGCUAAUUAACUCAUUUGAAGAGAUGGCUAGUGAAUGGCUCAAGGAGGGGAGAGUCCAACAAUAUCUUAAGGUCCAGGGUAUUGAGUACAGCAAUUACACAGCUAGCGCCAGCUUCAUAGCGGGCCUUAAUCCAGACAGUGAAAAGAAACAACAUUACCCCAAAGAGGAUGACCUUGUGCUGCUGUGGCUGCCGGAGAACACUGGGGCAUAUGCAAACGAUGAAUCCGAUUUCAAUGAACCACCACGUCAUUUUGGUUAUGUGUCCUGGUCCAGUGUUUCCAACAGAGGACCAGGUUCUGACUCAAUCCUAAACCUGACUAUCCAGACACGUGGUAACGUAUCUUUGAAUUCCCAGAUUGUGUGCUGCGAAGUUAUUGGAUCUUUGGUCAGCACAUUCCGGGAGUUCCGUGCACUGUGUUUGCUGCGAAAUGGACCAAUGUUGCGUCCUUUUCUUGCUCCACAUAUGGCAAAUUUCACACAUCCUAGGGAUGACCCACAGGACCUGGUUGCACUAGGGUACAACAAUGACCAGGCCAGAGCAAUAGCCUGUGGUCUUGCCAUGAUAAAGAGACCAAAGAAGACCCCAGAGUUUCUAAUUAUUCAUGGUCCUCCAGGAACUGGGAAGAGUAAAACCAUUAGCGGCCUGCUGUUUAAACUCCUGUCUUCGGGGGGUAAUGGUGUUGCUCCAGAGGGGAACCUUCCCUCCAGGACUCGGCGGACACGCGUUCUGCUCUGUGCUCCCUCUAAUGCUGCCGUCGACAGUCUGAUGAAGAAAGUCAUUGUGAUCUUUAAAGAGAAAUGCCGUAAUAUCAACAGUCCGCAAGGUAAUUGUGGUGACAUAAACCUGGUAAGGUUAGGAAGUGAGAGAACCAUCUCAAGAUCUCUGAAACCCUUCAGCCUUGACCACCAGACUAAAGCGAGAGCAGAGCGAGUCCAGCAGACUGUAGAAGCUGAUGUACAAAGGCAGAAGGAGCAACUGGACCAGAGCAUUGAAAAUCUCUCCCAGCACUGUGCAAAGGCCAAAAAGGAUUCCGCUGAGUUCAAGAUGUUGACAGAGAAAAAGUUGCAGCUUCUAAAGGAGAGAGAAGGACUGAGUCAAAAGAUUAAAGAGUGUCGUGGUAAGAAACAGGAAACUCGGGCCAUUGUGCUGCAGAAUGCUCAUGUGAUCUGCUGCACGCUCAGCACCAGUGGAAGUAUCGUUCUUGAGAACGCAUUCCGUGGACAUGGACAUGAACCCUUCAGCUGCAUCAUCAUCGAUGAGGCUAGUCAGGCAAAAGAAACGGAGACGUUGAUCCCCAUGUUAUACCGAUGCCCUACCGUAAUCCUUGUUGGUGAUCCCAAUCAGCUUCCUCCAACGGUGGUCUCCCAGAAAGCAAAGGAGUUUGGCUAUGAGCAGUCUCUUAUGGCGAGGUUAUGUAAAAGCCUUCAGUCAAACCCUCAAUCCUCUCCCAUCCUCUUCCUCAGUAUGCAGUACCGCAUGCACCCUGAAAUCUGCAGAUUCCCCUCAAAGUACAUCUACAACAAUGCGCUUGAGAAUGACCCUGAGACGGCUCAAAAACGCUGUUCCAUCAGCUGGCCCUUCAAGCCCUACAGAGUGUUCGACGUGACUGAUGGACGAGAGAAUAAAGAGAGAGAUUCAUUUAUUAACCUCAAAGAGGUGAAGCUGGUAGUGCUGCUGCUGAAACUUCUGGUUGAGAAGAAGUCUGUGCGGGUGGGUGUCAUCACGCCCUACAAUGCCCAGAAACGGCGGAUACUGCAUGCCGUCAGGGAGUCUGGCAUCGAUAACGAACACCUUCAGGUGGAAGUGGAUACUGUCGAUGGCUUUCAGGGCAGAGAAAUGGACUGCAUCAUUAUGUCUUGUGUGAGAGCCAGCAGUGAAAUGGGUUCCAUCGGGUUUGUCGGAAAUCGGCAGAGGAUGAAUGUGACCAUUACGAGAGCCAAAUUUAGUCUCUUCAUACUAGGACACCUAUGCACACUCCGGCAACAGAGCGAUUGGGGAGCGUUGAUCAAGGACGCCGGGAAACGUGGAACUAUAAUCAAGACACUGGAGCCAAAUUUCCAAAGCGACGCUAGAAAGAUCCUUAAACCAGGUAUACUGACCCGCAGUCGCUCUCAUCCACCUAUUUGCAAACCAAGCACUGUGACAUCGCCUGUCACGCAUGGCCCCAUGGAAACCGUUCAAGCCUUCACAUCACGUAACCACCGCAGUUUUGAGCACCAUCUGAGCAGCUCCUCCACUAUGGCCAGUGGUCAGCCACAACCGCCAAUGCCACGGCUGAUACCUUUGGACUGCCCUAGAGACCCUCAAAUGACUGACAGACCCACUGACCCCCGCUUUGCAGAGUGGCGGCCAAUCAGAGAACAGAGGCCGGACAGAGAGGGGCGGGGCUUAUCAGCAUCACACCGUCUGACACACAGAGCCACAUCGUAUGAUAGGGACUCUCGAAAUACCACCCACUCUUCUCGAUACCCUUCAAAACACCACAGGAGAUAACUGAAUGAUCCCUGUUUUUAUUAGUCAUUAAAGUUUCACAGAAAUGCAUAUAAGAGAUUUUCUUUCUCCAAUGUCCUCCUCUUUAAAUUGUUUUGAGAGCUCAGUAUGCACAAAGGGUCUGUAUUAAAAGUCUCUCUCAGGCAAUGGUUUAACAGUUGGCUUGCAGAAUUAGUUUGAUGGAGAUGCUUUUUGAUCUUGGAUAUGUCUUCCUUUAAAUUUGCUGCUAAAAGCAUGAAAUGGAUAUUAAAUUCUUUGUGAUUUUUUUUUCUUUUUCAAAACAAAUAUGCAUAUAGACACCCAAAAAGAAAAAAAUGCAAUUGCACUUUCUUACUGUUGAGCCUGCUGAAAAAUAACAAUUUUUAGUGGUGUUCGAUUCUCUAACUUGUUUUUCACUUAUUUGAAUGUAACAUUUUACAAGGUUUAUUGCAGGGAAGAACUUGGUGUGUAAAUGCAUCUGUGCGUGAAUGCAGUGGUGUUUGUUUGUUUCACUGGUGGUUUUAGACUGACUUUUUAAUGUACAGGAUGAGGUGAGUAGUCCUUUUCUGUUGAACAUGGCUUAUUUUUGAUUAGGAUGACUGUUAGAAUCAUAUUUUCAGGAUUGAUUUGCUUACCAUUAAGGAGAAGGCCAAAAACAGCACCAAGAAAAAAAAAAAAAAAAUCUGUAACAUUUUUAAUUGCAAAUAUAAAAAAAAAAUGUCAUGGUGUGAUUGAGUUGUAAAAAUUGUACAGUUAAGUUUGAAAUACUCUUGCCAGAUGCCUGGAGACUAAAAAUUGGCUCUUUUUGUGGGUGUUUUAGUUUUAUAUUUGUGACCAUUUUACAAACAUGUAUAAAGAGGCUUUUGUUUUGUAUGCACUUUUUGUAUGUGAAAUGAUGCUCCCUUCUAGAGCAGUGUAGGGGAAAUAAAAACGUUUUUGUGUCCUUUUA